CAAUCAGUGCUAUCAUUGUAUGUAAUAUUUGUUUGCAUUUGUUUUUAUUAUUCAUUCAUUAAUUUAUUCAUCAUUUUUGGUCACUAAUUGUCUGCCAAUUUAGCCGAUAUUCUACCGAAUCGACCGAACAAGUUGUACAUCGACUGGAUUGUUGGCCAACCCAUCGAUCGGUAAAUUAUGUCUAAACUAAAAUCUGGCAAAAAAGUGGUCGAAAAGGUGAUACACUCGACGCCAAUGCAAUUGUGGAUUAGCGCCGGUCUGGCACAUCCCGGACCACCAUUGGGACCACAGUUAGGACAGAGAGGCAUAAACAUCGCUCAGUUUUGCAAAGACUUUAAUGAGAGGACAAAAGACGUCAAACCAGGAGUUCCUCUGCCGUGCAAUAUAUCCAUCAAUGCCGACCGAAGCUAUAAUCUGACGAUAAGAGUACCACCGCUCACAUAUUUCAUACGACAGGCUUCGGGAUGCGAAAGGGGAGCCAUCAUUCCCAGCACCGAAACGGCCGGUUAUCUCAGCGUUAAACAUGUCUAUGAAAUUGCAAAAGUCAAGAGCGCUGAUCCCAUCUAUGACUGCGUACCACUCAAUAAGAUAUGUGAAGAUAUCAUCGAAUCGGCCAAAACGUGUGGCAUUAAAGUAGUCUACAAAUUGGAUAACGAAUGGUAUAAAGAGUUUCUGAUUGAAAGACAAAAGAUUGUCGAACAACAACUCAAAGAACUGGAUGAGAAACGACAGGCGAAGAUGUUGAGGACCGGAUAAGUUCCAAAAACCAUAAUCUCAUCGAUUAUCACAUAAUUAUCUUUAAAAUAGUCAUUAGAUUUUUUUCUGUAGAAAUUUAUUGUAUAUUCAAAAUAAAUU